AUGUUCCAUCCUAGACAUACGACAACUUCUGAAUCUUCACCUCUUAAAAUACGAGCAAACUACAAUUUCCAAAAGCCUUUGAAUGAAGACUUGCAUCUUCGUCCAGAAGUAAUUGGAGUCACUCUCAAUAGGUAUGAAGUACUGAUGUGCUUACUGGGAUAUAUCGCAGCCAUGAUGACACUCUUAUUCCUCUUUGAAGUUAUAAAACCGUCCCAGCUUUUCGAACUUUGA